ACCUCGGGGGUUCCCCGCCGUUGUGGUGGCUGCCAAUCUCUUCCUCUCCUCGCGCUCUAUAUGCUCCACCGCAUCGAUUCGUCGAUCCCGUCCUGAUGUGGUUGCCUGCAUCGGAUUUACCCCUCUAGGGUUUCGGCGCGGUCGUCCUCCUCAUAGCCGACGAUGCCACGGCGCCUUGAUCCGGUCGUAUCCGUCUCCUACCGUGCUCUCUCGUGCUGCUGUGCCUCCUGGACGGCGCUCCCGUGCCUCGGAUGCACGCCCGCGUCGGCAGGACGGCACAAUGAGCGGGUGGGAGGAGAAGGCGGCAGCAGUGGCCUCGAUCUAUUAUCUAUGUCGACACGGGAGGCGGCGCAGUGAUCUGGCCGAGAUGCCUGGUGCCUAUUUCCUCACCAUCCUGCUUCCUGCGCCUCCGCAGAUCGCCGGAACGACUACAAUAUGAGAGGCACAAGGUUUCUUCUCGCCUUGUUCUGGGUUGUCUCUUUGAUAUCCAUUGCCUUGGGCGUUUCUUGAUUCGUUCUUUGAUAACUGUGCUUGGUUUACUAGCUAAAAUGUAAAUCGAUGAGCCACUUAGAACCCCUCAUGAUUUUUAGUUCUACCCAAUUAUUGUAUUGAUUGCUCAACUUUUAUUCUGUUUUUGACACUGCAGUUAUCAGAACUCCUAAGAGUUAUCACUAGUGAGAAUGAGUCAUUGUUUAUUUUUUGCUGUUGAUUUCUAUAAAACAAAACUUUUAUGUAUCUCGUAUUCUUGUGUGAUGAUCUGCGUCAUGGAUGGCCGGUGAGUAUUCAGUAAUGACUGCUAUGUUGUGCACUAAACGGUUCACCUUUUUAUGGUGUUUUUCCUGGAGGAAACUAUUGAGCAUAGGAGUUACCAAGAACUAAACCGAGUGAUUCUAUUGAGCAGGGUCUUUCAGUGUGGCUUGAACACGAACGGCUGCAGAGGGCAAGAGCUUCAGGAAAAGGCAUUGAAGAGUAUCAAGAUGUGCAUCGCCAGGAAGAAGAUCCAGAAGGACAUGGACAUCAAGCCCUUUGAGUUCGGGGAUACCUUCGCGCAGGGUAUAUAUCCUUGUCCUUGGUGCCCGGUUAUCUGCUGCUUGGGACUGGGUUUAUUUGUAUGGCUGCGGUAGAAGCCGGGAAGGUGUGGCGGAGUAGAAGGAGAGCACAUAUCUAUGGUGAUCUGGUGUGGGGUGGGAGAAGGAUCUGCACGGGGAGAGUGGUAUCUCGCAUCUCUCUCGUAGUUUACGCUCGAUUGAUUUGCUGCCAGUAUUGUCCUGUACCGAUAUCAUGAAAUUAGAUAGGUACAAAAUGACUAUUCAUCUUUACUUUGCUCAAUUAAUUUCUAGCAUUUUCUGUCUUUUAUGAUUGCCACCGACAUCCUCGGUUGCAUCAAAUUUAACAUCAGUUUGUUGCUGGUAAGUCUCUGUCAUCUUCGAGUUAUAUAACACAUUCAGAUCUUUACUUUCAGCAUUUACUUGACUGGACACCGUUAUUUCUAUUGCAAAGAAAAGACAGAUUUUUUUUUUUUGGAACAUUCCAGUCAAUUGUUGAAACAUAGGGAAGAAGAUUUUCUAUUGGCACCCCCUUUUGCUGUGUAGUAGUUGCCUCUGGUAAUUAUGGCACACGACUGUAUAUUACUCGUGCAUCUAGAAGUUCAUGUGUCUGAUAAUGUUUGCUUAUCUUUACAUAGCCCAGUUGACAAAUAUUCCAAAACUGAUAUAGUGUGUUACUUUUCCUUGUUUGCUCAGUGACUAAUGAACUGGUGGGCUAUAUGUUUCCCCUACUAUGGUUGGAAGCAAGUCAGAUAGACUAAUCGCAUGAGCUUGGGCUGUAAUGAUGUGUGUUGGAUUGAACGAAUGAAGGCCUUUGUGAUGCAGGUUGAGGAGGUAGACGACUCGGAAGAGGAAGAUGAUAACAGUGAUGAGAAUGGCUGGGCUCUUGUCACCAUUGGAGCGAGGUUCUCAUUGUUGGGCGAAGCAAGCGGCAUGCGGCCCGUGCGCCGUGAACCACUCCAACAAGUGCCCGGCGUGCACAGAUGUCAAUGGCUUGCACAGAUGUCAAUGGCGUACUGCUGUGGGGGCUCCGUGGUGUACUGCAUGGUUGGUGACCACUGUCUGGUGCGCCCGCACGAGCCGUGCCGCUGCCCUGAGCCCGGCUGCAGCUUCCUCGACCCAUCGCUGGUGCUCCGUGGCCACGAGUGGCCCGUGACUGACGUUGCCUACGUGUCGAUGUUGGAGGUCGAGGUCCAGAUGCAGCCGGCACAGCGGAGCUGCGGUGGAGGACCGGAGCGGCUGUUCUUGUUGGUGGCGAGCAAGUGCGGUGUCAUGGUGGUACAGGUGCAAGGUGUUGGUGCACACUCCCGUGGACACGGACACUGACCACAUGGACAUCCUGAUGCUGGACGCCAAGGUGAGGAGCUGCGUCGUCCCCGGCGUGGAGGCGGCCAUGGGUGCGGGGGUCCCUGCCAGUGUCGGCUGACGUGCCGCCGCAGGAAUGAGGAGCCCCCGUUCCUGGGGUUGACGAUUCGCUGGUCAGCUCUGGUUAUUUUAUUCUAAUAUAUAUUCCCUCCGUAUAUUAUGGGACGGAGGGAGUAUUAUAUAUCUACCAUGGCUGACAUUGGUGAUUUGGUAGUGAACUAGCAGUGAUCAAAGGUUAGACCUUGAUUGGGCUUUGAUUGGUUCUGUUCAUGGCAAUGGUUGCCAACGUAUCGAGUACCAAUGCGGUUGAUCCCUA